GUUCACUACUUUAUCAACAAAAAUGGCGAUCCCUUCUAAAGUUGUUCGUCAAGUUCGACCACUUUUGUCUGUUAAUAACAAAGAGGCUCACAGGAGAGUUAUUAAUUUAUACAGGGCAUGGUACAGGCAAAUUCCCUACAUAAAUCUGGAGUAUGAUAUUCCCAAGACAGAAAAAGAUUUGAGACAGAAACUGCGAGAUGAAUUUUGCAAGCACAAGGAUGUGAAGGAUAUUCGAAUUGUUGAUAUGCUAGUCAUCAAGGGGCAAAUGGAUCUUCAAGAAGUCGCACAGAAAUGGAAAAACGCUGGGACAUUUAUGUACGCGUUCAAAGACACGGUAGAGAAAAAACCCACGGACUUCAUGUCGAAAUUCCUUGCAGGCCAGGAUUAAUAUAUUUCCCCUCCAAAAAAUCAUAGUUAUUCAAUUCUUGCGAAGAAACCAGAGUAAAAUCCAAUAAAAUGUACAUAUAACACAGAA